UUUCGGUUCUUUCGAUUCUCGCUUUUUUUUCUUUGAUCGAACGUCUCGUGUCUGUCAUCGACGUAAGAAACUGACGUUAAAAUUUCCAGUCUUCCGUGGAUUAUUGGUUUUUCUUAUUCUUUUUACGGAACAGUACAAAAUCAAUCGUGAUGCCGAUACAGAGAGUGAAAGCCCGUCAGAUUUUCGAUUCUCGAGGCGAACCAACUCUCGAAGUCGAUCUCAUAACCGACAUUGGAUUGCUAAGGUCCUCGAUCCCAUCGGUACAAACGCCCAAUCCUAAUGAGGCUGUCGAAAUGAGAGACGGCAACGAGGCAGUUUUCAAUGGGAAGUCUGUAUUCAAAGCUGUCGAAAUAGUCAACAACGUGAUCGGACCUGCUCUGAUUAAGAGCCGCUUGGACGUCUGUCAGCAACAAGAAAUUGAUGCACUCAUGACUAGACUCGAUGGGACUGAGAACAAAGCUAAAUUGGGCGCUAAUUCCAUCUUGGCGAUUUCAAUCGCCUGCUGUAAAGCGGGAGCCGUAAAAAAAGGGCUUCCGCUUUACAAAUACAUCGCCGAAUUGGCCAACAAUAGCGAAUUCUCGAUUCCAGUACCGGCAUUCAAUGUCAUCAGCGGUGGAAGAGCUGCUGGAAAUAUGUUGCCUUGCCAAGAAUUUAUGAUUUUGCCAACCGGUGCUGAAAGUUUCGCGGACGCAAUGAAAAUGGGAACGGAAGUGUACAGAGCACUUGAAAAAUUGAUAGCCGAAAGCCAAGAAGCAAAAACCCCGCUCCCAGUGGGCGACGAAGGCGCUUUCAGUCCCGAAUUCGAAGAAGACCGCGAAGCUCUGAGUAUGAUUAACGACGCCAUUAAAAAUGCCGGAUAUGACGGACGAGUGAAAAUCGCGAUCGACAUGGCAGCGAGCGCGUUUUGCAAAGACGGAUUGUACGACCUCGCCUUCAAGAGUGACGAUUCGGACCCGGACGAUUUUCUCGAAGCGGAAGCUCUACGGGAUCAGUAUUUAGAAUUGUUGGCAGAAUUCCCGACAAUCGUGUCGAUCGAGGAUCCUUUUGACCAAGAAGACUGGGAAGGUUGGCCAAUGCUGGCCGAUCAGCCGAUCCAAAUCGUGACGGACGAUUUGACAGCGAUGAACGCAGAGAGAAUAGACGAAGCGACGGAGAAACGUUUAGCCAAUUGUUUGCUUUUGAGAAUGUCUCAAAUCGGAACUAUUACGGAAACGAUAAAUUGCCACAAAAUGGCACGGAUCAAUGGAUGGGGGAGCGUCGUCAGUGCUGGUUACGGCGAAACCGAAGAUAAUUUCGUUGCCGAUCUCGCGGUUGGUCUCGCGACUGGACAGAUAAAAGCUGGCGCACCUUGCAGAACCGAUCGAAUAGCCAAGUACAAUCAAAUAUUAAGGAUCGAGGAGGAACUUGGUAAAGAUGCCAAGUACGCUGGCAACAAUUUUCGAAAUCCCUUCGCCAAAUGAACAAUCAAUCGAGAAAAUGUUGUUCCAUCCAAGCUCGUCGUGUUCAUUUGGAGUUUCAACUCACCAUCUCCAGUGCAAUAAAAACCAUGAAAUCUGUCGAAAUAA